GAGAGGGGAGGGGGGUAAGAGAAUCUGGAAUCGAUCCGGCAGCGGAAUCGAUCGCCGUGAAGGAGUCGCCGGGCGGAAGCCGCCGAGAGAGAGGGCGCGAGUGGAGAGGCCGCGGGCGACGAUGGGCGACUUGAUCAUUCGUGUCCAGUCUCCAGAUGGAACAAGGCGCGUUCCGGUAACUCGAAGGGAGACGGCUGCAGAUUUUCUAAAAAAGGUGUCAUCAGAGUUUGGAUUCUCUGAAAAUGGAUUUGUCAUAUGCAAGAACCGAGACAAGAGCGGCGAGAUCAACCGGAAGUCCCGACAGUCUCUAAUUGCACUGAAUAUUAAGCAUGGAGAUAUGCUUUACCUAUUUCCGGACUCAGCCAUGCCCUCCACGUCCGCCGAAGCCAUGGACACAGGGGCAGCGGUGGGGUCGGUGCGUGGCUCUGUGUCGUUGCUGGCCCAAGCGGGCCCCAGCACAAGCACGACACUUGUAGCCAAGCGACAAGGUUUUCCCAAUGCCCAGGCUUCAACGCAGGGCAUCGUGGAGGAAGAGAUUGACCAGUACCUGUCGAAGCAGGAGGGAAAGAUCUAUCGCAACCGCGACACUCAGCUUUGCCGCCAUGGACCGAUGGGAAAGUGUGUGCACUGUGUGCCCUUGGAGCCAUUUGAUGAAGACUACUUGAACCACCUGGAUCCCCCAGUCAAGCACAUGCCCUUCCAUGCUUACAUUCGCAAGCUGACGGGUGGUGCCGACAAGGGGAAGUUUGUUGCACUGGAGAACAUCAGCUGCAAGAUCAAGUCUGGGUGUGAGGGCCACCCGCCAUGGCCUGAUGGUAUCUGCACGAAGUGCCAGCCGAGUGCGAUCACCCUCAACAGACAGAAAUACCGCCAUGUGGACAACAUCAUGUUUGAGAAUAACACGAUUGCCGACUGCUUCCUCAACUGCUGGCGGAAUACGGGGCAGCAGCGCGUGGGUUUCCUGUACGGCCGCUACGUGGAGCACAAAGAUAUCCCCCUGGCCAUACGGGCAGAAGUUGCCGCCAUAUAUGAGCCUCCGCAGAAGGGCUCGGAGAACAGCUUGGAACUGUUACCUGACCCACGUGCCGAUGUGGUCGAUGAGAUUGCAGGAAAGCUGGGUCUGAGAAAGGUCGGUUGGAUUUUUACUGACUUGCUACCAGAAGACACAAGAAAAGGCACUGUAAAAUAUAUUCGGCACAAGGACUCUCAUUUUAUGAGCGCAGAAGAGUGCAUCAUGGCUGGAGAAUUUCAGAACGCAAAUCCCAACCCCUGCCGACUCUCACCGGACGGACACUUUGGCUCCAAGUUUGUGACAGUCGUAGCCACUGGGGGCCCAGACAAUCAGGUGCACUUUGAAGGCUACCAGGUAACAAACCAGUGCAUGGCGUUGGUGCGAGACGACUGCCUCCUGCCCACGCGCGACGCUGCCGAGCUUGGCUUCGUCAAGGAGUCGUCCAGUGAGCAAUACGUCCCGGACGUGUUUUACAAGGACAUAGACAAAUUUGGCAAUGAAAUCACGCAGCUGGCUCGGCCACUUCCCUUGGAAUACCUGAUCAUCGACAUCCCCACAACGUUCCCGAGGGAGCCACAGUACACAUUCAGCACAAUUACAACACAGUUUCCGAUCGAGAACCGGGAGAUCACUGGCGAGACACAGGAUUUCAGCAGCCUCGCAGAUUACCUCGCACAGCCAGGCAGCAAGAGCCUUCUGGAGACACUGGCCAAUUUCCAUCUGCUCAUCUUUCUUGCCACAAACGAUGUCAUGUCUCUCAGGGAUCAUAUGGAUCUGCUACUAGAUGCUGUUAAAAUGAAUGAUGAAACGCUGGCUCAUCACUUUUCUGAAUCGGAGCACUGGGCGACACUUGAUCAGCUCUGCAAGAACGUGAUUGUGCAGCCGCGCGGUGGCGAGUUUGAAUCCAUGGGUGCUGCCGGAGGUUUCUCACAGUCCUCGUCAGCAGCAGUGUGGGCCUGCAAGCACUGCACAUUCAACAACCCACCUGGCAUGGCACAGUGUGAAGUGUGCAGCCUGCCCCGCUCUUGAGAGAGACUUUGCCAGGCACACGAAUGCCAUUGUAAAGGCCAACGCAGGCACAGGCUUGGCCGACAAAGAACCCACUUGCAACUGCUGUGGCUGCUGAAAGCAUGCGUGUCCUUUCUGCAUUCAAUCUGCCACACACAGGAUAGUCGUUGCUUUCACGAAGUUUUUCUUUUGACGUAUGUUCCCUGGAACAUCAAAGCUACAGGAUGCAAAAAAAGACAAAUCAUCGUGUUGCCCGGUUUUCCUCCUAAUUAUGUUUUGACGGACAUUCACAGCUGCAGCUCUUUAGUUUAUCAUAUUUUUCCCAGACAUUAGCAAUUAAAUGUCAACUGUAUCAAUUGAAAAAAAACAACAGCAUUUUAUAACAAUUUCAAGCAAAGAAUGUUACAUGAUUAGUGUUGGUAUUAGUUACAGACAGCUAUAAUCGAAUUUUAAAUUAUUUACUUUACACGUUUAAGGCUUAUUUACCAGCAGCUGUUAUUUUGCAAGUGAAAAAUACCUAUUAUUGAAAGACUCAUUAAUUCAGCAGUAUCUCGACAGGGUGAGGUCAUAGUGCUGCUGUAACCUCAAUGUCUGGCUGAAAAGCUGCCGUACAUAAAGUGAAAAUUGGUGUAUAGUAAGAGAUUUGGCAAAAACGACGGUAACAUUGCAACUUUAUCAUUGAACAAAAAUAUCACUUUAAUUUGUUACUUCAGUGUUACAUUUUAAAGAUGUGCAUUUGUUUUAUAGAUUUCCUGUCAAACUAGUAAUUCCUCCACCAGAAAUAGUGGCAAGAUGCGUGGGUUUGGUUGAAAUAUUUGAUUUUUUUCGCUCUGUCAUUCCAGUGGUUUAUAUGCGCUGGAGGGGCUAUACUUCACAGCAUUUGCACUUCCAGUAGUAGAGCUAGACCUGCGAUGAAGUGCUGGGGAUGCCUUGCUUAUUGCGCCUAAGCCCAUGUGACAAUAGUAGUGAAUAAUUAACGAAUACAUCAGCGCUGUACAUCGAUACAAAUUACACCAAUACUACAGAUCCACUUUUGUGGCAAGUUGAGGGGACCUUUUUGAAAUUAAUAUCAACAAUUCAUUGUACGAUUUCAAGAAUAUGUAUAUUUAAUUUAUGAUAAUGAAAAACUAGUUGAUUUUUAUUUUACAUUUCGGUGUGUUAUGCAGGAGACAUUCUGUAAAUGUAAUUUUUGAUGUUAAAUUUGACAUUUCUAAGUACCUUAUCUCCUUGGCAAUGUGGAAGUCACCGGUGUUUUGGAUGUUAAAAUGUCCAUGUUUGUAGCAGUUUGUCAGUGCAUUAUCGCACCUCGGAUUAGCAUGGUUGGCUACGUACGUUGCGAAAGAAGGUUCAAUCUCCAUACAUACACCGGCAUGUGACAAUGACUGGCAUGCACCAUCAAAGUGAUGUCUCAUAACCAGUUGAGUUUGUGAUGCAUAAGAUCAAGCUUAAGACACCAGCUGCACGGUCCACCGAAGGAAUUAGAACAAAAUAAAUCGACCCCAUUGUUUUACAAAUGAGAAUUUCAAUAAGAGACUUUGUAAGAACUAAGUUGACAUCUAAAUUUGACACCUUAAAUAUAUUCAUCGCUAUGAAUUCUCCAUCCAUUGUACUGCUUUAUUUAUGUAUCCCUAAAGUGGUCUUUUGGGCGAAUUCCGUAAGUGAAUGCUUGUUUUUUUUCUGCUAAAGAGUGUCUAGCUCUGCUACUGUGCAUUUCCUUCAGGUUGCUGAAUAAAGAAUCCUUUAAAUGA